AUGAUGGAGGCGCUCAAGAGAUCCUCCGAUGUCGACACAGUCGAUUUUCACAACGCUGGCCUAACGGGAGCUUCCAUUGAUGUUCUCGUAGAAGGCCUUCCACACACAACAGUUCGCUGUUUCGCCCUGGACUACAACACCCUGCCGGUGGUACUGUCGUCGUCGUCACCGCCCACGAGACCACCCCCCUCAGGACCAACUGAGCCUGCACUGGAGGAGGCGCCGGCGACCGAGGGUUUUUCAUCGUUGACUAGAAAUUUUGCCGGCCUUGUCAGUGAAGGCUCAAAGCUCAAGGCGCUAUCCCUCAGAGGCAACGCACUCGGAGACGCCGAGGCUAUUGCCCUCGCUGAGGCCAUCGAAGAGAACACUGCCCUUUGCUCCCUCAAUCUCUUCGACAACAAAAUCACGGACGUCGGAGCCUCGGCGUUCGCGGCGACCCUGAGAAUCAACACCGUCCUGCGCGGCCUGUCUCUGGCGAGAAAUUCCCUGACCCCUGCCUCCGCGGAGGCCUUCGGGCUGUUGCUGGCAGGGGGCUACGAGGUCCUUCCCGCAGAGCAAGAGAAGCGGGCGGCCGCGGACGUCAAGAUAGCGGCGCAGAACAAGCUGGCCGCGGACGCCAUGAAGAAGAAGAAAGACGCCAAAGUCGAGACGCGCCUCCCGCUGAGCGCGGUGACGGUCCGGACCGGGGAGGACGGGCGAAGCAGGGCCGUCGCCGGAGGCAGCCGGAGCUUGGCCGCACUCAACCUCGCGGACAAUCGGGACCUUGGCGAGGGCGGGGCGCUCGCGGGACUCCUUUCGAGGAUCGUGAACGCGAGGAAAGAGGAGGCGGGGGAGGCGGGGGAGGGGGCCGGUUUCGGGGCCGGGGGCGGGUCGGUCGUGCUCCAGGAGCUGCACUUGACGCGCUGUCAGGGAUAUGCCGAGGAAGCUGGUGGAGAGGACGAUACGGCGAUAGCCGCGAUGUCGUUUGCGCUGAGGCCGACCAAAGUUGUGGUAUAA